AUGGUGGCCGUUCGUGAAUUCUCCAAUAGCCUAGCCAUUCGCCUUCGAGACCUGCUUCAACUUCGCUUAAAUGAGCUGAAGACAGCCAGUUCUGGCGUGCGGGAGAGUCGAGAUGAGGUAGCUCGCCAGCGCACAGCCAUUGCUGAGCUUCAAUCGCGUCUUCGAACCGCACAGCAAACUGCCGAAAGAAUGCGCAAAAGCUUAGUAGGCAGGCUCACAUGCCCUAGAUUUUAUGCUUUUCUGUCUGCAUAUGAAACAUUACGCAUUCUUUCCAACUUCAUUUUUCAUGGUAUCUACUUGAGCACCGCUCGUUUAACCUCAAUCAUUGCUACUUCAUGUCGGUGCCAUUGUUGA